GACUAAUUUUGGCACUAAUAUUGCACCAUAGCCUAUAGGUUUCCAGUCGAGUCAAGUGGACGACAUUGCCAAGUUGUGCGCAGCAGCAGCGUCUUGAAGCGCUAAGCAUGGAGCCAGAGGGUAUCAACAGGGACUCUCAUUCCAUUCAGUCUCCUGUACUAGAUCUCGGUAGCAAAAGCAAAGCCACAGAAACUGACCAUCUCCUAUGCCAGAAGUCUUCGAUCAAUUCUGUGGUUGAAGCUAAACUUACCAAGAGAUGGGCUGUGUCAAGUAAAACUAUAUUCUCAGCAGUGUUUUUGUGGCUGGGGAUCAUGGUUGUCAGUGCUUCCUACUCCCUCUUUGGUCCUUUCUUUCCAGGGGAGGCAGCAGACAAGGGAGCCUCCCCCACAAUGGUAGGAGUGAUUGUGAGCAGCUCCCCUCUUUGUGUGGUCAUCUUAGCUCCACUGAUUGGGUACCUGCUGCCUCGUCUUGGUUUGAGAUUCACUCUAAUGGCAGGACUAUGGCUGGUUGGAGGGCCAUUCAUUUUGCUGGGGUUCAUGUCCUCUCCACAAAUCAGUUCUGGGUGGAUGUUUGCAACAUUGUGUAUCAUCUUGAGAAUGACUGAAGGUGUGGGGUCAGCCAUGUUCUUUACAGCCUGCUAUGCUCUCAUUCCCGAGCUUUUCCCCAAUCAUAUUGGGACUGCUGUGGGGCUCUUUGAAGUUGCUACCGGUCUGGGAUAUGCCAUUGGUCCACCACUGGGAGGACUGCUAUAUCAGGCUGGAGGAUUCAGCCUGCCUUUUCACGUAAUGGGGUCAAUCUCAUUAUUGUUCCUGGUUCCCUGCUUCUUUCUGAUCAAGAAGCCUGAUUGCAAGGCCCAGCCUCUGUCCUGGAAAAUAAUAAAGAUGAUUUUGUCGAACUUCACUAUCAUUUUACUUAUAACUGUGAACAUCUUCUCCAUAGCGGCAAUUUCUUUCCUCACUCCCUCGUUUCAGCCAUUCCUAUCUAAAUUUUUUGAUCUUGAUCCACUGUAUGUUGGUCUUGUCUUCCUUUCUGGACCAUUGUCCUACAUGGUGUUCUCUAUAGUGGUUGGUCCUCUCUCCGACAAGCUGGGUCCAAGAGGAUUUAUUUUGUUUGGACAAAUACUGUACAGUGUUGGCUAUAUUUUUUUGGGGCCUGCGGACUUCAUAUCAUACCCCCAAUUGUGGAUAACAAUCACUGCAUUUGUGGUGGUUGGAUGUGGAGCAGCAUUUGGAAUGGUGCCUAUCUACACUGACAUACUGAACCUAUCAAAAGAAUCUGCUGGAGUAGUGGAUAGUGAAGCACUUACCAGUGUUUUGUCCGGUGUGAUCUCAUCCUCUGUCUCAUUGGGAGAAUUUAUAGGGCCUAUUAUCAGCGGGGGUCUGACACAGUACUUUGACUUUCAAACAAGUACACUGCUGUUUGGUGAAUUUGUUUUUGCACUGGGGCUACUUCUUAUUGGUAUCACUACAAUAGACAAAUUUUUGAAUCGUAAAGAUAAAAAACAAGACCAUAGUUGAUGUUUUGUUGUCUUCUGUUAUGUAUUGUCAAGAGGCAUUUUAAACUCUCGUUUUGUAUUCCCUCCAUUUUUAUUGGCAGUUUGCACCUUAAA